AUGGGUUCACAAAUUUCAACUCCACAAAAAAGUACCCAAGUGGUUGACCCAAAGGUUGCCAAAACACUCGAGUUAAGUACUCAAGUGGUUGGCCCAAAGGUUGUCAAAACACUCGAGUUAUUUGAACACGAAAAUGUCAAAGAACAUUUUACGAAUUUAUAUAAAUAUAAAGGUAAAGUUAUUCACGCAAUUUCAGUAGAUUAUCCAGAGACAGGCGAUAAUUCCAAAACCAAAAUUGCGGACAGGCAUACAUAUACUCAUGGAUUUGUCUCUGCCAUUCAUGAAGCCUAUAAUCUUCACCAACAUCUUCGCCUUAAACCAGAUGACGUAUGGCUAACUAUUGCUCAGGGUGUUAGCGAACAUAUCAAUCUCAAUGCUGAAAAAUUUCGUAGUUAUUUUGUUGAACAUGAAGGAAAAAAAUCAAUUAAAGUUUAUGCUGGUGAUAUUUUACGUUAUACUAACAGCCGUCUUGAAGGUGAUUGGCCUGAAGUUGUUCAUCGCCUUGAAAACGCAACUUCGGAGAACAUCGAAAAAAUGGACCUUCCAAAAAUUCUAGAGUGUGAUUUCUCAACCAGUACAAUGGCAGCGAAAACAGCAAGUCGUGUCAUUCUCUUAGAUGCAUUAAAACAAUACUUCAACUACGAGAUCGUUACUAGAUGUGGUAUUCCAAAAGUGACUUUGGAAGGAACUCUAGAAGACUGGGUUCAUAUUCAGGAAAAAGUUGUAAACCUUCGUAAUCUUGGUCUGGAUAUGGAUUUUUGGCUUGAUCGUCUUGAGCCGGUUAUUUGGAAACUUGUCGCCACUUAUCGCGGAAAAAUCGACGAAAAAUUCUGGAGUAAAGUGUUUUCAAAAAAGGGUGGUGGUCGAUCGGGUAGGCCAUCUUAUUGGACUGGAUGGAUUACAGCAUUCUUCCCAUAUGAUAAACUUAGUAGAAAAAUCACAACAAAUAAAAUAAUAACCACUGGUAUACCGGAUGGAAGAGUUAACGUGCCUUUCGUUACUGACCUAGAUCUAUAUUUGAGUUUUUCUGCUGGAUUUUUGGGUGCCAGACAGGAACUUGUUGGCAGUGGAGACGAUGCUGAAGUUUAUGUUUCUCCUUUGAUUGGGUGGUUUGUUGUUGACCGAGACAAAGAUGAAAAAAAUAAUUCGAAUUAA